GCAUGCGUCCCACGAACUAGCGUAGCUCGGCAAAGAUGGCGGCGGGUUCCGAAUCGAGAGAUGAUGUUUUCCUCAAAACAGAGGCAGACAAAAAAGUAGUUAGCGAUGUAGCUGAGUCAUCGCUAGUUCGCGCAGGUCACGUAAACACCACGACCAGGGUUGUCUUAACAGCUAAUCACACAGAAAACUCAGCUGUCAGUAGUAUUUCAAAUGUUGAAAGCAACAAAAUGGGACUUUCACAACCAGAUCUUGCUAAAGCAGGGACAGAAGUGCAUGAAUGUGCAAGCGGGACUCCAUCAGCUCCACAGAAUAAGUCCGUCUUGGUUGUAAUGGAUUCCACAUCGAGUGUAGGCAAACUAGGGAAGACAGUUGCUCAGACGUUGAAUGGGCGUGUCGUUCUGGUGAACAGUCAUGCUGACAGAGGCGCACCUGUUGACAGCACCGUCCAGAAACAACAGCCCACAUCCACAGGAGUCAACAAUGGACCUGUGAAGGGAUACGUCACAACCUUAUCCACAACACCUACUACAAUCAUUCGAACUUCUUCUGCGAGUUUGAUCAGUCCAGCCACAGUCACGCUUGUGAGGCCACCUAUGCAAACGCCCACCACCUCACAAUGUGCAACUCCCUCCUUUGCAAACAGAACUGCCUCGCAGAGCGGCACACAUGGGGCGGCUUCAAGUGCCACAACUGGGUCACCAGCCCCCAUCAGGAGCCCAAUUGUUAUGCAGAACCUGAGAAGUCCUGUACCCUCUACAAUUGCUGUCCCUCCCGCGGGUGAAAUAAGAGCUAUUUCUCCUCAGGUGUUAACCCCUCGACUCUCCCAGCCACAACAAAAUGUCCAAAACAUCCAGAUCCCUGCAGGUAUGGUUUUGGUUCGCAGUGAAAGUGGGCAACUGCUCAUGAUUCACCAACAGACCCUGGCUCAGAUGCAAGCUCAGGCGCAGUCCCAAAGUGCCAUCACACCACGACCCUCAAUCCCCAGCAGCUCCAGCCAUACUACAUCUCAGCAGGCUCCAGGUGCAUCACUGCUUGCCCGUGCUGUUACCCCCACCGCAAUUAUCAAACAAGGCUCUGGUGCCCAGACCACUGUGUCAACUUCAACACUGCAGACGCCUCCAGUGCUACAGAACACUGUCACGCAAGGAGGAAAUGCCACCACCGUGGGACAACCGCAAGGAACCCCCACAACAGUUCAGCCUGCUUCUGCAGCACUAGCGCAGAGUCCUGCACGGCCCUUGGGAGCCACUGGGAACUCUGUCACUCCAACAGCAAUAACAGCGGAGACACUACAGAAUGUGAAGAAGUGCAGAGACUUUCUGUCUACGCUGAUAAAACUGGCAUCCAGUAAGAAACAGUCCUCUGAAACCAUCGCCAGUGUCAAAGAGUUGAUCAAGAAUCUGCUGGACGCAAAGAUAGAGCCAGAAGAGUUUACGACGGCAUUGUACAAGGAGCUCAACUCUUCACCGCAGCCAUACCUCGUGCCUUUCCUGAAGCGAAGUCUCCCAGCUCUUCGCCAGAUGACCCCAGAUUCAGAAGCUUUUAUUCAUCAGAGCCUCCAACCUCGGCCAAGCACUCAACCUGUCUCAACGGCUUCUACAGCCCUGGCGACAGUGGUGUUGCGUCCCCCUCUCUCUUCCACAACCGCUGUCACAGCAGUCACCAGCUCUCCUGCAAACAAAACCACCGUCAUCACUCUCACUCAACCACCUUACAGUAAACCCCGAAUGAUUGUAACCCAGCAACAAGGGACGAUGGUGAGGCCUCAGGUCACGUUGGCUCAGUCACCAGUGAUAAAUCUCAGCGGACCAUCUCACAGUCGCAUCAUUCUGGGACAGCCGCCGGUGCUCAAGCAGCUCAAUUCAGGUCCUACAGUCACGCAGACUCAGGGGGCUAAGUGUGUUCAAGUUGUCAGCCAAACUCCUCUCCAGGCUGCUCAGAAGAACAAGACGCAGGCGAUAGGCGGUGCAACUUUCAGGGAUGAUGAUGAUAUCAAUGAUGUGGCAUCCAUGGCAGGAGUAAACCUGUCAGAAGAAAGUGCUCGUAUCCUAGCAACUAACUCAGUGCUUGUUGGUGCUGUGACCCGAUCUUGUAAGGACGAGGCCUUCCUCUCCACCUCCUUGCUCACUCAGAGAGCUCUGGACAUUAGUAAGAAUUUUGGUGUCAGUGAAUUGGGUGUGAACGUUGUGAACUACAUUUCCCUUGCUGCUCAGUUCAGACUACAGAGCCUGGUGGAAAAGGUCUCACAAGUGGCACAGCAGAAGAACUCAACCUUCAAAGAAGACGAGCGGCAUGAGCAGGUCAGCGAUGUACGAGCCCAGCUCAAAUUCUUUGAGCAGCUGGAUCAGAUGGAGAAGCAGAAGAAAGAAGAGCAGGAGAGGGAGAUCCUCCUGAAGGCCGCCAAGUCUCGGUCACGACAAGAAGACCCUGAGCAGCUCAGACUGAAACAGAAGGCCAAAGAGAUGCAACAGCAGGAGCUGGCGCAAAUCAGGCAGCGAGAAGCCAACCUAACAGCGCUGGCAGCAAUUGGUCCCAGGAAAAAGCGGAAAAUGGACUCGCCUCUCAGGGGUUCCAGUGCAGAGGGUAUAGGACCAGACUCCAGCCAACCCGGAGGUUCCAGCGGGGUUGGAUCCAGACAGUUACCACGGCAGCGCAUAACUAGAGUUAACCUUCGGGACCUUCUCUUCUGCCUGGAGAAUGAAAGAGGCACUGGCCACUCCUGCCUGCUUUAUAAAGGCUUCCUAAAAUAACACUUAGCAAAAUGACUAACCUCACUUAGUCAGCUUUGUCAGUUGGACGCAGGCGCCUUUAUGCUGCUUGUCUUUGAUCCUUCGCUACCGUACAAUGAGAUUUAUGUCAGCGGGAAGAGAAUUAUCUGGAACGUUGAAGAGACAGCACAUUUUAAAAAGCUCCUCUAGCGCCGGCCUUUUGAAUUCUCAGAGAUGGAGCAAAUAUCAGUGCAGCACUGAUUUCAGCAUGCCCUUCAGCUCACACACACUCUCACACUUCAGCCACGUGGCACAGAAUUGGGGAAAAAAAAUCUUUGCAGAACUAAGUACUUGAGAUGUCAGAAGUUCUUUUAGUGUUACUCUAACUGCGUCUGUGCCAGAGCAGCAGAACUAUGUAAGUGUUAACGCUUUUGACUGCCAUCAUAAUUGGAGUCUGAACUGUUUUACAGAGCUGUAUGUGUGAAUCCUGUUGUCUGCUGAGCUGCCUCAAUCAGAUUAAGCCGUAGUCAAUAGAGGUCAGCAGUGCUUUUUUUAUUGUAUUGCCAAGUGCUAUAUUUUAUUUACAACUUGUUAUCAAAAUCAUUAUUUAAAAAGCAUCUGUUAAGAAUUUACUUAAGAGGCAACAACACAAACUGAAGCAGGUCUUUGCUUAUCUGUUUGUAUGUGAUCCAAAUGGGCCCGGAAGAACUUUGCCAAAGGAUUACAGGACUGAUGUUGUCUCUUAUCCUCUAUAUGACAUCCAUUUUGCCAUUAUCCAACAAGCGCAGACAUGGCUGCAAGGAGGCUUAGUCAUCUCAAACACAUUUUAUCGUUUAGUCCAUUAAAAUAAUGGAGAUAUUUUUAACACAUAAUGGUUGCCAGCAAAUAACAUUUAAAGCCAAAUGCAAGUUGAAAUUACGCAAGAGAUUUUGUCCUAAAAAUGUUUUUCAUUUUUUAAAGCAGCUACUAUUUUUUGCAUUUAAAGUUUUUAAAUUUCCAAAAUGCACUUUAGCAGAUGUUUUAUUAAAUGGCUAAAUGUUUUUUAUAUAUUUACUACACAUACUAAUGUUAGUCUCUGACUUUGAAUGAAAGAAUGUUUUUGUACAAUUUAUUACUGUGUAACUUGUAAAUUCAUAACUUGAUAUAACACAUAUUUUCUCAUGUCACGUAGGUCACAUUUGUAAUGGUGUCCUACCAAUGUGUGUAAAUUUUGCACUAAAACUCUUGUUUAUAUGUAAAUAUCUGCAUUUUAAAAAAAAAAGUUAAAAUUGCAAUUUUAUAAUGGACUGAAAGUAGUCUGAUAUUGAAAUGAAAUGUGUUAAAAAACCC